AUGGCGGAGGCCCCAACUUCGCAGCCGCGGAGGAGGCCUUUCCUCCUCGGCCUCCCGGAUGAGAUCGUCAUCUGGGAGAUCCUCGCCCGUCUCGACCCCAAAUCUCUCCUCCGCUGCCGCGCCGUCCACCGCGACUGGCGCCGCGCCACCUCCAGCCGCAGCUUCCUCCUUGCCCACCACGCCCGCCAGCCCACCCUUCCCACUUUAUCCUGCAAGGAAUACCGUCUCGGCGUCCGGUGCCAUGACAUCCUCGCCUUCGACCACAGGGCUGCCACCGACGCCCAGCUCCACAGCGUCGCCUGGCUUGACGAGGUCUUCCACCAGGAGGCCUCCUGCGACGGACUCCUCCUACUCUCCAAGUUUAACAUGACUGCCUCUGGAACCUCCUUCUCGGUCUGCAACCCGGCCACGCGUGAGCAUGCUCUCCUUGGGCAACCACGGGGCUUCAAGAUUUUGGGGAUGUACCCACACCGCCCUACCGGUGAGUACCGGCUGUUGCUGAAACGGAGGAGGUUGAAUCUCAUAGCUAACCACUCAAUUGGCUGCUAUGUCUUUGCGUUGGGCUCCAACCAGCCACCUAGGUACAUCGGGUGGCUGGAGGCAGCGUCAGGGGUCUUCAACGCACCUGUACGGGUGCGCGAUAGCCUGCACUGA